UUUGUCCAACACAAAGGAGAUCUGGAAGUGUGUCAAGCGCUUCUCGGCCGAGUUCUGUGCAUUUAAAAACUUUACCAAAGACGACAUAGUCCAGACUCAGUCGGCGUACGAGCUGUAGGAGAUGAGAGUAAGGAUGGCUCACAGAAACCUGCUGCAGGCUGCUUGGCUGUGUUGUCUGUUGGCUGUUCGGGUUCACAGCUGUCCAGAUGCCUGCAGUAAGUGUUCAGGCCCAGAAAAGGACCAGUGUGAGGAAUGUAGAGCAGGAUGGACCCUCCAUAACAACUCCUGUGUAGACAUUGAUGAGUGUGGCACAGAGCUGGGCAUCUGUCCUACAAACAGUUACUGCUUCAAUACAGAGGGUUCCUUUGAAUGCAGAGACUGUGAUCCGGCCUGUGCGGGCUGUAUGGGCAGGGGACCAGCUCGCUGCAGGAAAUGUGCCUCUGGGUACACGCUGAUGGGGUCCAAGUGUUUGGAUAUAGAUGAAUGUAGUGACAGAGUACUCGCCUGUCACGGCCUGGAUGAGAUUUGUGCAAAUACAGAAGGCUCGUUCCGCUGUGACUGUGCUAAAGGAUUCUUCCGCAAAGACGGUGUUUGUGUGAAGAAGCAGCUGCCUAGUGUCAAGGAGAAAGGUCUCUUCGAGGAUAUCAAGGAUGACGAGGUGGAGGUGCUGCAGCAGAUGUUGUUUGGGGUGGUGCUUUGUGCUCUUGCCACGAUGGCUGCUAAGGGAGAUUUGGUCUACACAUCUGUAUUCAUGGGCGCAGUGGCAGCCAUGGCAGGGUACUGGCUUUCUGACAGGGGAAACCGUUUGUUAGACAGCUUCCUAAAGGGACGUUAAAGCUAAAAACUGCAAACCGGACUUCAGUGUUUCAUAUUGACAAAUGCGUGUGCCACUGCUCAGCAAGGCCUAAAACUAUUACUGUUACAGGUGAAUCUUGUGCAUUCACUUGUGGACAGUAUAUAAGUUAUUGAUAUGAAAACACUUUGUGCAUGGAAAGAUUUUUGUCACACUUCUCUAUCUGUAAGAGAAAUUAUCAUGCCAGUCUUUAUACAACCACUGAACCAUUACGAAAAUAAUGUGAAACUCCAAAGUUUUAUUGUUAUGUUUUAGAACAGACAUAAAAUAGUUAGUGCUAAGAGAGUAAAUCUACCUACAAUAGAAAAGGGCAUCCUUUCAUAUUUGAAGCUGUGUUAUUGGAAUUCAGGAAACCCAGAAAGAGUGACAAAUGAAGUGCCAGUUUUCUGUCCCUGUAGGUUCGUUCUGUACUGCUAGCUUUUAUUUUGGUUGACUGUUAAGGAUUAAUAAUCAUUCUUUCACUGCACAGUCUUUAAAUAUUUGCAGAUAUAACUAGCUGGGCAAAAGCCUAUUGUGAAUGUUAAGCGUGAAAGUUUAUUCUUCACCAUGUAAACAGAAAAAAGCUUUGUUCGAGGUCCAAUUAUCUGCUUUGUCUUAAGCUUUUCAACUGAAUUUCACAGGUUUCAUCGGUGGUUGCUAUAUUGCUUAAACAGUUGAGCAAACUCCAGUCACUGUUUAAGACUGUGGGAUGCAGUUGAAAGGGCUUAGCGUUAAUGAUGUCUAAAAAGGAUAAAGAGAAAGAAAAAUACUUUUAGAGAUUCCAAUGUUUUCAUCAUACAGCUAUAACAUCAUCUGGUACUGAGCUGGAACGUCUCACCCUAUUAAGUGUUUUCAAGCAGCUACCUUGUUUUGGCAUUUAGAGCCACCAACAUAAAGUGUGUCAGUUGUAGCUUGAAUAAAGUAUAUACAGCUUGCUUGAAAUCAUGUAUGAAUACUUAAACCAUGUAUUAGAUUGGCUUUUUGUACUUUUUGUAACACUGUUUUUGCAUCAAGCUGUAUCAUGUACAAUGCAGUAUAUAAAGUAGUAAAAUGUGUAAUGCCACCUUUCUUCAUGUGCACAUGUAUAUGUAUAUCUUAAGACUAUAAGUCACUGAAAUAAAUAUGUCUUAUGUUUA